UGCGGCCGCGCCGGCUCUUUCGGCCGGGAGGCUCUUCGGCAUCAUGGAAGCGCCGCCGCCUCCUCAUCCUCCUCCUCCUCCGGCUCGCCCGCGGUUCGGGAGCCUCAACUGGGCGCGGGGCUGGUACCUGUCGGCUCAGGAGCUGGAGGAGGGAGCCCCGCUCCUCUCGCCCGGGCUCCCCGGCGGCUGCGGCAGGAGGCCGCCGAAUCAUUCGUCACCUGGCACUUCCUUUGGUUUCUCAGUCUUUAAUCUCAUGAACGCUAUCAUGGGAAGUGGGAUUCUUGGAUUAGCAUAUGCCAUGGCGAAGACAGGGAUCAUUGGCUUUAGCGUGCUGCUGCUGCUGGUCGCCGUUCUCGCAGCUUACUCUGUCUUCCUUCUGCUCACUCUGUGCAUUCACACUGCUGUCACUUCGUACGAAGAUCUUGGCCUCUUUGCGUUUGGCUCACCCGGAAAGAUCCUCGUGGCCUGCACAAUCAUCAUUCAGAAUAUCGGAGCCAUGUCAUCCUACCUCCUCAUUGUCAAGUCGGAACUUCCUCGUGCCAUUGCCGGGCUUCUGAACGGGGACCAGAGCGGCGCCUGGUACCUCGACGGCCAGUUACUCCUCCUGAUCACCUCCGUCUGCAUCGUCUUCCCCCUGGCGCUUCUUCCCAGAAUUGGCUUUCUUGGCUACACAAGUAGUUUAUCAUUUUUCUUUAUGGCGUACUUCGCUCUUGUGGUCAUCGUUAAAAAGUGGUCCAUUCCUUGCCCUCUCCCACAAAACGUUGCUGUGGAGUUCUUCCAGGUUUCGAAUUCUACUGAAGGUUGUAAAGCAAGACUCUUCAGCUUUUCUAAGGAGAGCGCAUACGUGAUCCCGAUCAUGGCUUUCUCUUUUUUGUGCCACACGUCAGUGUUACCCAUUUACUGUGAGCUGCAGAGUCCGUCCAAAAGCAGGAUGCUGAAGGUCGCCAACACUGGAAUCGGUCUGAGCUUUUUAGUGUACCUUUUGUCUGCGCUGUUUGGAUAUCUGACUUUUUACGACCACGUGGAUUCCGAAUUGCUGCAAGGAUACAGCCGAUACCUGCCCCACGACACCCUCAUCACGACUGUCAAAAUAGGCAUCCUCCUGGCCGUGGUGCUGACGGUGCCCCUAAUCCAUUUCCCUGCAAGGAAGGCAGUCAUGAUGGUCUUUUUCUCCCAUCUUCCUUUCUCCGUCACCCGCCACAUUUUCAUCACUUUGGCGCUCAACACGGCCGUCGUCUUGAUCGCCAUGUAUGUGCCCGACAUCAAGCAUCUGUUCGGAGUCAUCGGUUCAACCACGUCGACCUGCUUGCUCUUUGUCUAUCCGGGGCUGUUUUAUCUGAAACUCAGCACAGAGGAUUUCGUGUCACGGCAGAAACUCGGGGCCUUCCUGUUACUCAUUUUUGGCCUCUUGGUCGGUCUUCUCAGUUUAGUGCUAAUAAUUUACGACUGGGCUCAUCAAUGAAAGAAUCCCCCCCCUCUCCGAACGGAACCACGCUUGGGGAAUACUAGCCCAGACAAGAGCUUCCAGUGGUGCGUCAAGAUAAAUUAGUUGGAUAAAUGUUGGGGAAAGCCUUCGUAUUAGACAUGAAAACCAUACCGGCCAGUCUGUUCCUUUUGUCUACUAUAGAGCAGUUUUGCUCUUCAGCAGAGCCAAGCAGGAACUAAAUAUUCCAAGAGGCACCAGACUGCCGGCUUCUCUGUCUUCCUCUCCAGUGACUUGUAAUGAAAUCCAAUCUGUGGAGUGGGAGUCACUGUGCCAGAGUUGGGGGAGAGGCCGUGGCUCAGUGGUAGAGCAUCCGCUUGGCAUGCAGAAGGUCCCAGGUUCAAUCCCCGGCAUCGCCACGUAAAAGAGCCAGGUGACAAGAAACUGGGUAGACAGUACUGAUGGUCCAUGGGUCUCCUUCAGUGUAAGGCAGCUUCACGUGUUCAUGCGUUUCCUGCCCUGCAACAACGGUCAACGAAGUACAAUUGAAGGUCGGAAGAGACGCAGGGCUGCUGAUUUUGACGGCAGCCGCGUGUCUUUCAUAUUCUCCAGUUGCCAUCGGAUGUGCCUUAACAGAACCGAAAAGGGAUUUCUUGGGCGAAGAAGUUGAGCUCGCUCUUACCAAGCAAAGAUACGUUGACAAACCGUUCCUUAAGUGUUGUCAAAGGCUUUCACGGCCAGAGUUCGUUAGCUGUUGUGGAUUUUCUGGGAAAAUCAGGAAACAAUCCAUAUGCAAAAGAACCUCCUCAGGAAACAGCCAAUCCAUAUGCAAA